CAGUGGACAGUAUGUACAGGAGAGGGGUGUGGAGGGUGUGACAGUGGACAGUAUGUACGGGAGAGGAGUGUGGAGGGUAAGACAGUGGACAGUAUGUACGAGAGAGAAGUGUGGAAGGUGAGACGGUGGACAGUAUGUACGGGAGAGGAGUGUGGAGGGUGUAACAGUGGGCAGUAUGUACGGGAGAGGAGUGUGGAGGGUGUGACAGUGGACAGUAUGUACGGGAGAGGAGUGUGGAGGGGUGUGACAUUGGGCAGUAUGUACGGGAGAGGAGUGUGGAGGGUGUGAUAGUGGGCAGUAUGUACAGGACAGGAGUGUGGAGGGUGUGAUAGUGGGCAGUAUGUACGGGAGAGGAGUGUGGAGGGUGUGACAGUGGACAGUAUGUACGGAAGAGAGGUGU